UCUGAUCUCUUCAACCAAAGACUGUUGUCCACUUUCACUGAAACUGAAGGACUACAGCAGCCAUGCUGUUGACACAAGCUGGAUGUGUGUUUGUGGGUUUCAUCCUGUUCAUCUCAGAGGUUCGGGGACAAGGAAAAAGCAUUUGUGCUGUAAAAGGCUCAUCAGUGGAUCUGCUCUGCUCAGCUGAACAUCCCACUUCAAGCAUGAAGUGGUUCACCGUACACUGGAAUCACUUUGAGUUUGUCCUGAAUGAGCUCUCUACAGUUGGGAAUGUAAUGUACAACAUUUCGGAAGAGAAUAAUUUAACGCUAACAAUCAAACAUCUGAGAGAGAGUGAUGCAAAGUUUUACUGCUGCAGCGAAACUACUGAGGAAGCAGAACUCUGCUGGCGAAACAGAACAGAGCUCCUUGUCGCAGACCUGCAGGUAAAGGUGAUUCCUGCCACAGAGGAACAGACAGUGACACUGAUGUGUAGCACCAGCUGUCCUCUGACUGAAAACCCUGCAGCCUACAUCUGGUACAAGAACAGAAAGCUUCUCUAUCAGGACUGGUCUCCCUGGUACAGAGAGCUGGUCAGCAGUGAGGAAGCAGUCAGUUACUCCUGUGCUAUCAAAGGCUACGAGGAUCAAAGAGCCCCUGAAGUCUCUGUGGAUUCUGUCACAUCAACCUGCUUCAAUGUGACCUAUGCCAAAGGGAGAAUGUGUUCUUAUCAGAACAAUUCAGAGGACGAGCCCUGCUCCUUCACAUAUCCCACAGAGUUACAGGUUCAAAAGACUAAAAUGAACAACCGUGUCAUAAUAACCUGUAACAGCAGCUGUCCUGCGGCUGACCCUCAAAAUGCCUAUGUGUGGUACUGGAACAAAGAACUAUACACUGACUGUGAGAGUCAACACGUAACAGUGUUGGGCUCUUUUUAUCAAGUCGUGUCUUGUGCUAUAAAAGGCCAUAAAUAUCUGCACUCUGACAACAUAUGCCCAAAAGACAGUCACUGCUGGAUCAGUAAUUAUGUCAGCAGGAGAAUGUGUGCCCUGGAAGGUUUCUCAGUGAACAUUUCAGUUCAAUACUCACAAUCCAAAGACGAACGUAUCCCUGUGGAACCAUGGUAUAAAAUAAAUAUACCUGGUGAGCACAAUGUUGGAAAUGGAUCCAUGGAUCCUGGUCGUGUGGAGUAUGAUGACAACAUAAUAAACCUCCAUAUGUUGAGAAUCACUAACCUGGAGAAGAGUGACUCGGGACUAUACGUAUUCAAAGAUCAAUACGGAAAAAUUAAGAAGUCUGAUUUAUCUGGAGUGAUUUUAGUUGUAACAGGCCUGACAGUGACGAUGACUCCCUCUGCAGUGGUGACACAGGGCCAGAGAGUCACACUCACUUGCGGUACCAGCUGUCCUCUCCCUGAAGACACAAACUACAUGUGGUACUUGAACAGUCGACCUCUGACACCGCCAGGAAACCGAAACAAACACCUGGUUCUGGACCCAGUUGGCACUCAGCAUGCAGGGAACUACUUCUGCAAUGUCCCAACUCCCCACAACGUCAGCUCAUCUGAACAGGCUCUCACUGUCAUACCCCUGGCAAAAUCAGUAUCAAUACUGAAUGCAGUAAAACUGAUUAUUUUAUUACUCAUCCUGCCCGCUGUGUUUGUCCUCUACCGGUUGAUGAGGAAGAGGAAAACUCUGACCUCCACCACUGAACUAAGUGACACAGACAAAGUACAAACUGGACAGGACAUGCUGUAUGAGAGCAUUGCACUCACGCCCAUCAAUCCUGCAACACCGACGGAACCAGCAGAGCAGCAGGAAGACACUGUGUAAUCUCAUCCUGGAUUUCUAGAUAUCUGUGCAGGGUGCUUUGCAGAGUGCAGAUAAAAUGUCACACAUGAUUUGAGCACUGCAAAGAGUAGUUGCGAAACGACAUUGCAAGUUUGUCAUUGCUAUUUAUUUCCUGCCUUAACAACCACUGGGAACUACAUAAAAGGCUCAUAUCUAUUAUAGAUUCACAUAUCUGUUCAUAAGGGCCUGUUGUGUGUUUAUAACACUUAUAUUAGGUCAACUUUGUCAGAUGCUCUUGUUAACUUUCUGUGAAACAAGGAGUGAAAUGCUAACAGUACGUAGCAUUUCACCAUCGGAAAACAAAUCUGCUUAGUUUUGCAUCAUAAAUGUUUUCCGGUUAUGAGUAAAUCUUUUUCUUGUUAUAUUAUAAUUUUUAAUGGAAUAUUUGUUUCAUUAUUACUUAAUAUUCUUGUUUGUUUUGCCUUUUUUGUUUAAUAGUAAUGUCUAAUAUAAUUACAGGAAGGAAAAUAUUUUUUAUAUACUGAGUAUAACUUUGUACAAGCCUCUUUGCUCCCUUGUUCCCUUCACCUUUAUUUUUAUUUUUUUAUUAUUGUAUAUCUUUUACCAUGAUGUAUUAAUUCUGAAGAUAGAUUAAAACUAAUUUACAACAACAGACAGAUUUCUUUUUUUUAAUCUGAAACAGUUUUCAAAACCAAAGCCAAUGUACCAUCCAGGUGUCAAGUUGUCGCCCUUGCUGUUUGAGCUAUCAGCUGUGGCAACUGACUGAAUGUCCCUGGGUUUGGGGCAUUAUUAUUGCAAAUUAAUCAUUUAACAUUAUGUUGUUUGAAUAAAGAAGAAGA